AUUGCUUGUCGAAGCGGAGAGUCACUUGGGAGAAUGGGUCGGUUUGCAGUUCUGCUGGGGUUGCCUCAACUUGCAUUUGUUAUAUUGGUGGCUUCUGUCUCCCUGCCGGUGCCCGGAGCUCAGGCAUGGAGCAAAGAAGGGCAUAUCAUGACAUGCCGGAUUGCCCAGUCUCUUCUAGAUCCCGAAGCAGCACACGCUGUUCAGAAUUUGCUACCUGAAUAUGCCAAGGGUGACUUGUCAUCCCUUUGUACGUGGCCCGAUCAAAUCCGCCACUGGUACAGAUAUCGCUGGACAAGUUCUCUUCACUUCAUUGACACCCCGGACAAGGCUUGUACCUUCGAUUAUUCAAGGGAUUGCCACGACCCACAAGGAGUAAAGGGCAUGUGCGUUGCUGGUGCUGUUCAGAACUUCACCACUCAGCUCAUGCAUUAUCAGCAUGGAACCUCUGAUCGUCGAUAUAAUAUGACUGAGGCCCUGCUGUUCUUAUCACACUUCAUGGGAGACAUCCACCAGCCCAUGCAUGUAGGAUUCACAAGCGAUGAAGGUGGGAACACUAUAGAUUUAAUCUGGUUCAAGCACAAAUCUAAUUUGCACCAUGUGUGGGACAGAGAGAUAAUUCUUACUGCUAUGAAGGAUUUCUAUGAUAAGGACAUGGAUCUCUUCCAAGAAGACAUACAGAAGAAUUUCACUGCUGGUAUCUGGUCAGAUGAUAUAAUGUCAUGGGGAGACUGUGAGGAUCUCUUCUCUUGUCCUAAGAAGUAUGCUACAGAGAGCAUAAACUUGGCUUGCAAAUGGGGUUAUGAAGGUGUCACACCAGGUGAAACUCUAGCAGAUGACUACUUCAAUUCAAGGCUGCCAAUUGUCAACAAACGGAUAGCGCAGGGUGGAGUUAGAUUAGCCAUGAUUCUGAACAGAGUUUUUGGUUACCAUGAACAUGAAAUCCCAGCUCCAACUUAAAUCGGCAUUAUAUCCAAAUCAUAAACUUGACUUGUUCCUUUGUAUAGCCAAUGAACUCAGAUGAUGAAGGCUAAUUGUUCAAGUUCUUGCAGUAUCUACUAACAUUUGGUUUCAUUUUAUGAUUUGUAGUCUAGAUAGUCAAGAAAAUACAUAAAGCAAUUUUAAGAUUUUCUUCUA